AUGGCACAAGAUGAUUAUAUUGCCGAAACAUGGAUGUGCAAUCAUGAAAUGCCACCACAUGUGCCACUUGAUUUGUCUGCUGUAAUUAUACGAAAUCAAUAUUACCAUCCACCACAAGGUUUAGCUAAUGUUUUAUUGUAUAACAAUGCUGCAGUUGUUCCUCAUGGAAAUUUACCUAAUUCAUCUGGUGAUACGGCAUCUGUUAGUCUUGCCGGUUCUCUUGAUGUCGAAAGUGUUGGUGAUGUUGAUGGUGGUGGUGUUAAUAGUGUCGAGACUGGUGCUUUUGGUGUUCUUGAUGUUGUUAGUGGUGUUGGUACUAGUGACAUUGGUGGUGAUCUUCCUUACGGGGAGAUCACCAAUGAUUUAUCAGCGUCAGUGUCAUCAAGAUCUUACUCACCAUCUUCAUCAUUAUCUUCAUCAUCAUCGAAAAUAUCAAUCUCAGCAGUAUUGGUGUUUUUCGUGGUCGUUUUUUGUGUGUCAUGUGUUGUACCUUUCGUAAAAGGUACAACACGAUUAUCAUUUGAUAAAACAGAAGAAAAAAUUGAAUAUAAUUCACAACAAACAAAAGAAAAAAUUAUGAAUGACUAUCAAGUACAUAAUGAAAAUCUUAUUGAAAAAAAAACACAAGGUUUUGAAAUAGCUAUUCGUAAUUUAAAUACUUGUCAACUUAAUAUUGAUAAUUCUUCACUUUAUGCUGCACAAGCAAGCAUUCAUAAUCCUGGUGAACACUUAAAAGUACGAAAACAAUUUGAUAAAUCUUUUGACCAAUUUCAAUACAUGGAUGAUUGUCAAGUAUCUAGUGAAAAUCUUAUUGGAAAACAAGGACAAGGUUUCGAAAUAGCUAUGUGUAAUUUAAAUGAUUAUCGAUUUAAUAUCGAUAAUUCUUCACUUUAUGCUGCACAAGCAAGCAUUCAUAAUCCUGGUGAACACUUAAAAGUACGAAAACAAUGUGAUAAAUCACUUGAUCAAUUUCAAAUAUAA